GCCGCCGGCCCCAAACAAACACUCGGAGGGAAAAAGAAUUUUUUUGGAAGUGACCGAAGCGUGGAUGACCCACAUUAUCAUCUUUUAUGCUUUCCAACAUUCAAUGACACAGUUUUCCUGGGAUAUGUGCUUUUUUACGCAACGGACAACAAACGAAGCAACGUGCUAACUCUGCUGUCCACUCGGUUGGCGAGAUCGGACUGACCAGGUGUUGUUUUCAGGGUGUUAACGGAAUAGGAUAAAAGCAGCGAUGUUAUUGCAAGCGAUUGCCGAAAUAGCAUUUAAUAACUUUUGGCGCACCCGCUCGUUAAAUGCUCCGAGCCCCAUCUGCCAGUUCGGACCUUGCGGCCGAAUCAUGAAGAACUCUGCCAUGGUAAUGACCAUCCAAGACCCUGCGAGCCAGCGUUUGACAUGGCACAAGCCUCCCCUGACUGUCCUGGUCAUCAAGAAAGUGCACGACGUCUCCGUCAUACAGCCCUUCAUUGAUCUCGUUAAAUGGCUCAUUUACGAGAAACACAUGCUGGUAUUUGUGGAAACUUCUGUGCUGGAGGAAAACUAUUUGCUGGUGAAUCCCUCUUACCCUGCCAUCAAAGACAAGCUCUGUACAUUUAAAGAAGGGAGGGAUGACUUGACAGACAAAAUCGAUUUCAUCGUCUGCAUGGGAGGAGAUGGAACACUACUCUACGCCUCUUCCUUAUUUCAGCAAAGCGUACCACCUGUUAUGGCAUUUCAUCUGGGAUCUCUAGGAUUCCUCACACCUUUCGAGUUCGAUAAUUUCGAGGAACAAGUGACAAAUGUUCUUGAAGGACAUGCUGCGUUGACCCUCCGAAGUCGUCUAAGGUGUAUCAUUGUUCGAAAGAACGAUAUCGGAGACAAAAACGAACCCCACACAAGCUUUCUGGUUCUAAAUGAGGUGGUCGUGGAUCGAGGACCCUCACCCUAUCUCUCCAAUAUUGACUUGUACCUCGACGGAAAACACGUGACAACGGUGCAAGGGGAUGGUUUGAUCGUGUCCACUCCGACAGGUAGCACAGCUUACGCAGUGGCAGCGGGGGCAUCUAUGAUCCAUCCCAGUGUUCCUGCCAUCAUGAUCACCCCCAUCUGUCCCCAUUCCCUCUCUUUCAGACCCAUUGUCGUACCCGCAGGGGUAGAACUCAAAAUCAUGGUUUCGCCCGAGUCUCGGAAUUUGGCCUGGGUUUCUUUUGAUGGACGCAAAAGACAAGAACUUAGGCAUGGAGACAGUCUCCGUGUCACCAUGUCAAUCUAUCCGAUACCGUCCAUCUGCGCCCAGGAUCAGAUCAGCGACUGGUUCGACAGCCUGGCAGAAUGCCUGCACUGGAACGUCCGCAAGAGGCAGAAGCAGCUGGACGAAUACUCGGACCUCGUCCACUCCACAUCCUCCUCGUUGCUGCUCGACGACGAACCCAACUCCUAGUGCUAAUCGACAGCAAACCCAAAGGUUUGAAGCUUCACUCCAGAAAAUGCCUUCAUACAAAGUGCCCUGGAGUAUAAUAAAACUCAGCAAGGGUUGCUUCGGUAACAUCUUCCCUUGAGAUGGAAUGGACUCAUCCAGCCCUUCUGCGUUAGCAAAAGGCGAAAGAACAAUCUCAUCGAAGAACAGUUUUUAUUGCAUUUUUCCGGAUGUCAUUCCAAAGUUUUAUUGUGUGUCAUAAAAAUUUUAACUCAUUAUUCGAAAUGAAGAAUCUUUUCUUAAAAAAAGUGAAAUGUAUUAGCGAAUAUUGAGAGAUGAUAUUUAACAAAAUUGGAAUUCAUUUAUAUUUUGCAAUUCCGAAGUCUUAUUUAUUGUAAUGAUGAAGCAAGAAUACUUUUGGCGAUUCAUUCACAAUUUUACAGUUGUAAAGUUAGACUGUGAAAUCUGCCGCAAGUUGAUUUAAAUUUGCUGUGCUGGUGAGGUCCGUUUAUGCAAGAGAUGAAUUAUAUCAAUAGGAAAUGAAAUUUCAUAUUUUUUUAUGAAAUUGACUGAAGAAUUUGAAAGGAAUGAAAAAAUAAUGACAGCAAUUAAAUGUAAGAAUUUUGUGAAAAAUAAUUUGUAUGCCUUUACAAUGGAAUUAUUGAAGCGGAAAUAUGCAAAUAAGCAAAUUUAUAUUCAUAUUUGGUUAAAUUUUUGAUUCAAUUAUUUAGAGCGGAAGUAAAUUUGAUUUUUUAAAAGAGAAAAACAUAAUUUUCACAUUCAUUUAAUCACAAACUGGAAAGAAUUCACUUUAUAGCAUUUAUUUGCAAACAUCUGACAUUCCAAAGCAAGUUUCGAAACAGUAUUAUUUUCAGCAUAGAUAAAAUCGAGCGUUUCUGAUUUUGGAAUAUGAUGAUAAUUAAUUUAUUUUAUUAAAGGCAGACGAUUUAUAAAAUUUAGAUAAGCCUUUUUUUU